AUGGACUGGUGUAAUUUCUGUACUGCAAAGAUUAUUGUCAACCCCUCCUCCGCAAUUUUACUGCAGUUUCGUCCUAUCCUUUUGGAGGAUCGUGCGAGAUACACCAAGGGUAAGGUUUUUUCGUCCGGACCCCUCUGAAGAAGGAAGCCACAUAACCCAUAAUUAGAUACAUCUGUCUGGACGGUUGGUUCUUUAUCCACUUCGAAAUAUAAGAGUGCUGGUCACCCACUAAUCUCCGCCUUUAUCAUGUCAAACGCUUCCCGACAACCUGCAGACCAUUCAGGUUUAACAUCUCUGAGAAGUAGCCGAUUUAAUGGUGGUUUUAAACUGUGAUGCCCCGGAAUAGAUGGCGAGUAUUAGCUGACCAAACGCAUUAAUGAUUGUAGUUCACGUACAUUCUUUGGCGCCUUCACGUUUUUGAAUGCGACAACUCUUCCUGGAUCUGGUGAAGGUCCUGCCUCACCUAUCACAAACCCCGAGAACUCGAUCUAUUUCAUGCUAAUUUUCAGGCCGCAAUCAGUGAGAAUUUCCAUGAACUUGUUAAGCCUCUGGAGUAACCUCUCUUCCGUACAGCCAAAACGUCAUGCAAAAGUAGGUAGAGGUCCUAGCGAAAUUUACAAGCAUGGUGGGCAUAAGCUGCUGGAAUAUGCUAGACGCAAUCUGACUCCAGAUUUGAGACGAGUACUGCUGAUAAGGUACUUGCCGAUACCGUGAUCGUGCCUGUACUAGCUGGCGCAGAUAGAGCCGCGUAUUUUACCUUUUCAUGUGUAGCAGUUGCCUUCGGCAUAUCCACGCCAGUGCAUCCUCGUCUGUGUUCGUUAAUUCAGCCUCCAUCCAACCACGACGACGAACGCAAAUCAACCGCAGGUGUACGGGUCCCUGCCAACGAAAGUCUGUGCGUCACACAUCUACGUCCACAAGAAAGCAUGCGGCUUAACUGGCGUACUCGGGAAAAUAUUUCAAGAUAAAAUCAAACACGUUCACAUGUACCAAGAUCCUGCAUUCCGAAGGAACGAGUGACGCACGACCUAGACCUUCUUCAUCAGUACGCCAGUGCCGUCCUGCAGGAUGGGGAAAUAUUCACCGUUAAAAAAGCUUUCCGACUAGGCAGAGCGGACCCAAAUCGUGACCUAAAAACAUCCCCAAGACCCCUGAAAGUUAUUUUGGAAAACGAAGCCCAAGCAGCGCUUCUAUUAGAAAGUAGAACGACCUUACGCAAUUCGCACAAGGAAGUGUUUUUUCAACCAGACUACGAACCGAGGGAAAGACUGAAAAUGAGAGAACUGAGAUCAGAAUUGAAGGAGAGAAUUGGCAGAGGAGAGAAAGGGCUGAAGAUCAAAAAUGGACAAAUAGUCCAGACAAAGGGGUCUUUCCUGUGGUCAGAACCCGUCACAAUGAAGGCCGGGCCUCUCCAACGAAUCAGUCAUUGAAGGUGAUAUCCGCAAAUGUGCAAAGCCUCUUCAACAAACCAGACGAACUAAGAGACUUAGUUGAUGAAAUUAAGCCAGACAUUAUGGCAUUCACAGAAACGUGGCUUACUGAAGAUAUCGCAGAUUCAGAAAUAUCACUUAGAGGAUAUCAGCAAUUCAGGGGAGAUAGACUAAGCCGAGGAGGAGGAGUCACAAUUUAUGUCACUUGCAAGCUAAGCGCUAUGGCUGAUGUACACAGACCGGUACGGGAUGUGGAACUGCUAAGCGUUACCAUAUCUACUAAGAAUGUCCGAGCAUUGACGCUUUCGGUGGUGUAGCGUUCACCUAACCAUACUUCUGACCAAGACCUCAUGCUCAUAUCCGAACUGUACCAAGCUAGCGAGAAGAAAGACGUGUUUAUCGUUGGGGAUUUUAACGCUCCUGGCAUUGAUUGGCUAACGUGGACUGCACAAGGGCCGCAAGACAGCUUUAAUCACAAACUACUACAAUGGGCAACGGACAAACUUCUCUGCCAGAAUGUUACCUUUGGAACACGAGUCAGGGAAGGGCAGCAGCCGAACUGCCUUGAUCUUUUUUUUUACCCGAGAGGAGGAAAAUGUGUUAGAUCUGCAGGACCGACAGCCAUUAGGGUCAAGCGACCACAUCACGCUCUACUUCGAGUACUCACUGUUUUCCAAACCCGUCCAACCCGAGAGGUGGGAGAGAAACAUUUGGAAAGGGGACUAUCCUCUCAUGAGGAGGGAAGCGGCAGCUAUAUCAUGGGAGACUGAACUGCAUGGUCGAGCAAACGAUAACUGGAAUACUUUCAGUUCCUUAUUGAAAGAGAUUGUUUAUUCCAAUUGUCCUCUCAGAAGAAAGAAAAUCACAAACCGCCCAAAAUGGAUAAACCCGGACUUGAAGGCCAGUGUAGGCCUGACGAAAUUUUCUAUUUUUUGUCAUAAGUCUGCUUCGCUUCCUGUCGUGUUUCUGCGAUUUGUCAUAAAGCGGAAAUCUAUUGUCGCAGUUUUUCACCCAACAUAGCCUCAAUCCUAUCAAGUCUUACCUGCAUAAACAAAAGGUUUUCCUCGUAAAAAUAUAGAUUAACAUUAUAUUUUAAACGAUAAACCGUCUCUCUUGACGGCUUUCAUCGUCAGUUUAUUAAGAAUUAUACUGUUAUCUAUUUUAUCCUACAUAGCCUCAUUAUCCAAUUCAGAUUUAUUCAUAGUUCUGUUUUACCACCUACGAAAUUGUCAUUUGCCCGUUUUUUUCUAGUUUGCAUUCUGGUAUUGAGUUAAACUUGCUUAGUAUAAAUUGUGCUGUCUGGUCCACCAAUAUUUGCAGCUUUCAUAAAUCGUUUCAUCAUGCAUAGCCUCAUCCAUAUAUCCUGGAAGUUUCGGCAGUUAUUAUUCAUAUAAAUAUUUGGACUUAAGUCUUGUAUUGCGUUUUCGGCAUGAAACCUCAAGCAACCCUUCGUCGAAAUCUGAAGGAAACUAAACUUCAUCUGAAACCCAUUGUUCAUAUGAAAAAAAUUGAUCUAGGGGCGCUUGAUGAUUUUAACAACUUUAUGUCUCGUUGCGGAUCAAUUUUUUUCUGUCCUUGGUGCCCCUCUUGACGGAAAUUUGCCAACGCUUACGUCUCAGCAGUGUGAGAAGCUCAUGUCUCUCAUUAACCUGGUUGCGACUGAGACUGAAGACAGGCACAAACGAAGUUUCAACUUUAUAUUAAAAAACGUUCCCAAGAGUAGACAGCCAAUUGAUGUCGCCUUUCAAUUCCUUUUUUCAUGCGGCUUCAACUUUAGGGUCGCGGAAGCUAAAAGGCUUUCAUCUAGGAGCAAGAAUCCACCCAUUCUUGUCAAACUCUUUUCAUCGAUAGAAGUAGAUUUUAUUUUCUCCCAUUUGGAGCGAUCAACUCAAUAUCUCAGGGCAAAUAAACUUUUUAUUAGUCGAGACCAGACUCCACUGCAACGAAAAAUUUCUCCCCCAUUACCAAACGUAAAGCCACCCCCGAAUUCUACUCAAAUGUCUUUUUCCUCUAAAGCAGUUUCUCCAUCUGGUGUCGACCAAAUCCCCCCACUAUCUACAGCGGCAUCAGUUCCAUCUAGCUCUUCGACUGAUCACCUUAUCACAGAGACGGUUAAAACUAGCCUCUUUAAAACUCCCCCACGGAGCAAGGAUUGUUCAAAUGCGGCUCCCAAAUUUAUAAGGGAGCUUGAUCUUAGCAGUAAAGAUGAGCUAGUCCUUGAAGCACAACCGGCUCCCAGCACUCAGAAUAGUGAUUUGGUUAAUAAACUGACAUCAAAUCCACCCCGUUCCCACGCCUGGCCACUCAGGUCUGACCUUGCAGUUAGGUCUAAUAAGCUAGAUGAGAGUUCAGGGAGGUCUUUACCUGUUCCUAUCCUGAAUUCUCAACUUAACGCCACAGUUGUGAAGCCCUCUUACACAUCAGACUGCAAAAUGCAAGUAUAUUGCAUUGCUGAUAAAUUUUCCAAUCCCGUUGCUAGCCUGACACCCCAAAUAAUAAAGCCCUUUCCUGAUGUUAACUGUUUCCCGAAACCACUACGUCCGCCACCUAGCAUAGACUACCCCUCGUAUUAUGCUAACAAUUCCCAAAAUCCUAUUUUCUUGUCUCCUAUUUUUCCAACCCAACAAAAUAGUUUUCCUCUUCCUGGGUCCUCCUCAAAUGUUUUUCCACCUAAUGCUGCAUCUCUAACUAGUAAUUACCCCAUAAAUUUUAGACCGCAGCAACUUUGUCCUCCACCAAUUGCUCCGUUCCAACAGCUUAAUUUUCCACCUCCGGCUCUUCAUUUUUUAUAAGUAGCAAUGAGCGGAACCUACAUAUUAGGAAUACGCUCAGUAUUGUCUCUCUCAAUGCAAGAUCUGUCGUGCAAAAGAUGGCACACCUAAGAAGUGUAGCUGUUGAGUUUGACACAGACGUAUUAUGCAUUACUGAAUCUUGGGCCCACUCUCUAAUUUCAGACUCGGCACUUAACAUAGAUAGCCUCAGUUUAUACCGCCAGGACCGUGCCAACAGACGCGGCGGUGGAUGCCUUCUUUACAUAAGAGCAUCACUUGCACAAUUGCCUUUUAACUUGGACAUUUCCUCCUUCUCUGGAAAUUUAUGUUUUGCUUCGGUAAUCCUUCCGCAAAAUAGGAAAGCCUUAGUCGGAUGUGUAUAUAAUCCUCCUUGUUCCUCCGGAAAUGAAAGCCAACUUUGUGAACUCUUUGAAAAAAUUGCAGAAACUUCUUUCGAUGUCAAGAUAAUCGUAGGCGAUUUUAAUUUGCCAGAAAUUGACUGGCACACACAUACUUCUCCUCCUAAAUUCCAAAAGCUGCUUGACACAAUUUACUUUUCAAACCUGACUCAAUUAGUUCACUCUUCGACCAGAAACGAUAGUGUUUUAGACUUAAUUUUUACUAAUGGCACCUUCCCUUUAUCUAUGGAUUUCUAUCAUGACCUCUUUGCAAGUGAUCAUGCAUUAAUUCAUUGUCGCCUCCCAGUUGCCCUUUCCGCAAAGCCAACAGUUCAACGUAGAAUUUUUUACUUUGCUAAUGUUAAUAAGGAUUUAGUAAAUAACUUUACAUGCACUCUUGAUUGGCACAAUAUUUUUUCAAAUAAUGAUCAAAAUUUUUUCAACAAUUUAUUACAAUGCGUAACAGAAGGUCUUCUUGACCUUAUUCCUCGGAAGAUGUUCAAACCGAGUGCUAAUUCCACCGCUAUCCCACACUUCCUUAAAAACAGACUUAGAAAGUUACGGAAGCAGUUUAAAGAUCCUUCUGUGAGCUCAUUAUCAGUUCAUCUAAGAAUCGUUGAAAUAUUUGAAUUAGCUUCGAAAAUGAGGCUCGAGCGAGAUAGGCGUAGAGAGUCUUUAGCUAUUAAUGACGUGAAUUCUUCUAAAUCAGUUGCUCAGAUCUUCCGUCAGAGAUCAUCUGCUAAGUCCCACCAAGUCAUUCCGCCCUUGCUUAGUGCAAGUGAUGCCUUCAUUACAGAGGAGUCAGGCCAAGCAGAAAUUUUAAAUUCGUUUUUUGCCAAGCAUUUCACCAUUGAAACUGAUCCGAUCCCUUUAAUUCCUUCGUUGUCUGAUGCUUCUCUGAGCUUCAUUAAUUUUUCUCCUGAAUGUAUUCAAAAACUGAUAAGACAUCUUCCUAACUCUCACUCAGUAGGUACGGACAAUAUCCCAAACUCUUUGAUAAAACAGCUAAGAGAUUUUCCUCCUCUGCUUAGCAAAAUAUUUUCAGUAUUUCUCGUAAAUGGCUUCUUCCCUGACUAUUGGAAAACUUCUAUUAUUAUUCCAGUAUUUAAGUCUGGCUGUCGUUCUGACGUACAGAACUAUCGAGGUGUCCAUAAAACACCCUCUCUCGCCAAAAUCUUUGAAAAAAUUAUCGCCGUAAAAUUACCGACUUUUGCACAGGCAAUCAAGUUAUUAGCCCUUCCCAGCAUGGUUUUUUACCAGAUCGGUCUUGUUAAGCAUGUCAUCUGUCGUUUCUCAAUCUACUUACCUCUCUUCGUAAUGACCAUCUAUCUGUUGUCGUUUUUUAUUUUGAUCUUAGUAAAGCCUUUGAUAAAGUGCCACAUAAAAGACUCUUGGUUAAAUUGGAAGCUAUGGGAAUUCGCAGUCCACUAAUAGACUUUCUCAGGUCAUACCUGUCUAAUCGUAAACAAAAGGUUUUGGUGGGAUCUCCACUUUCCAGUGAAAGUCCUAUUGUGAGCGGUGUCCUACAAGGUACCGUUUUAGGUCCUCUUUUGUUCUUGUUUUACAUAAAUGAUAUUUCGGCCGCAGUUAAACAUUCUCAAUCAUUUAUUUAUGCCGAUGAUCUCAAAUGUGUAUAUUCUUUCAAAAAAUCUACGAGUCUUCAUUGCCUGGAGCAAAUCCAUGCUGACUUGCUUGCUCUCUCAGCUUGGAGCUCAAAAUGGCUAAUGGAAUUCUCUCCGUCUAAAUGUCGCUAUAUGUGUUUUGGACCUGAUAGGUUACCCCAACCUGUGGUCUUUCAAGGAACACCUAUGAUUGAAUGUACCGCCAUCAAGGAUUUAGGUUUAAGCUACAAUAGUAAUCUUGAUCUCUCACCGCACGCUGAGAGAAUUACAGCCAAAGCUGCCCAGAUUUGUGGCUUUAUUUCUUACAAUUUCUAUCUUCCUGAAAUUAAAUUAAGGCUCUAUCGUAUGUUUGUACUUCCCAUUCUCGAGUAUUGUUGCCCAUUCUUUGGUUUGAUGAAUGAAGCCAGUCGUUUAAAAAUUGAAAAUGUCCAAAGACGUUUUUCUAAAAAACUUUUGGAUAGGGAACAUCCCGAUAUCUCCUACUCAGAUAGAUGUCAGCUAAUUAACCUAAAAUUUUUAUGGGUUCGAAGGCUAGAAGCGGGCCUCUGUCUCCUCUUUCGCAAUAAUCAUAGUUCAAAUUUUCCUCGGAUUUCAACACUUACCCCUAGUAGUCGCCCAUACAAUCUUCGCAACUCGUCUCUAAUUAUACCUCUUCCAGCGUCCUCCACCUAUAAGCGCUCCCUUUUUUCGCUUCCAGGUAUACUUUCCUCUGGAAUAACCUUUCAAUAAAUAUAAGAUCUUCAGAAAAUCUACACACCUUUAACAGAAGGCUACGCCUUUAUCUGAAUACUGACUCGAUUAAACUUUUAUUUUCCUCAUCCUUCCCAGACAACUUUUCCUAUGACACUGAGAAAGGGCCACCGGGAAUUUAGCAUGCCGCUAUUAAAUUUCCGUAUCUGUUCACGUUUCCUUCCUUUAUGAGUAGUCUCGCUACCUAAGAUCCCUCACCAGAAAUGUUAAUUAUUCCAAUUUUUUAGUUCAUUCAUCGUGCCCUCACAGAAUGCGCUCCAUCGGCGGUCUUGACAAAGCCUUCUAUAUUCGCCAUAUACUAGUAGUUUGGUCGCAUCUCCCUUCCCCCAUGUUCGGAUGGACUCGGUUGAAUGAAACCGACCGCAUCUGGGUUCCUAUCGCCUCGGGACUGAUCUUCAUGAUGCCCUCACUGAAUGCGCUCCAUCGAUGCUCUUGGCGAAGCCUUCUAUAUUCGCCAUAUACUAGUAAUCUGAUCGCAUCUCCUUUGCCCUAUCCUCGAAUGCACUCUGAUGAAUGUAACAGACCGCAUCUGGGUUCUUGUCGCCUCGAGACUGAUUGUCAUCGUGCCCUUACAGAAUGCGCUCCAUCGGCGGUCUUGACAAAGCCUUCUAUAUUCGCCAUAUACUAGUAGUCUGGUCGCAUCUCCCCCCAUGCUCGGAUGGACUCGGUUGAAUGAAACUGACCGCAUCUGGGUUCCUAUCGGCUUGAGACUGGUUUUCAAUUUCGGCACUUAUUUUUCUUAUUCAAGGCGAUACAGGCCAGUCCUGGCCGACCCGCCUACGUACCAUUUUAUGAAAUCCGUUACGCAAUGCCAUAUACAGCUGACAUUUAUUUCGCCCAUGUUGAUGUCGGACUAUAUUCCAUUUUGCACCGCCACAUGCAAGCCAGUCCUCCCUGUUUUUUUCUGAUGCUAUUUUUCUGAGGGUUUUUUUUCUCCUGUUAAAUGACUCCAAUCAUUUUUAAAUUUUGCUUUGGAGUUUUUUUUUCACCCCUCGUUUUUUUCAUUUUUUUUUCAUUUUCAUUUUGCUAAACGGACUUCUAAUCUCAAAAACUAUGCAUUGCACUUUGUGCAGAUUUUGCCUACAUCGUCUAAAAUUUGCAUGUAAAUUUAUUUUUACUUGCUUUGGUGGGACCCCAACGGGUCUUUAAUAAAAAUAAUUGAAUUGAAUUAAAAGUGAGGCCUCAAAGCUGCGAAAGAAGUUUGAACUAAACAUCCUCCGAAAUUCGUUGGAGCAUCCGAAAAUUCUAUAUGGUUAUAUACGAAGUACCAAAAGGACUCAGGAGCUCAUCCCUGCCCUCAGGUCUGCAGAUGGAAAAGUGGAGAUUGAUGACCAGGUUAAAGCGUCCCUCCUUUCCGACUUCUUUCAGUCCGUCUUCACCCGAGAACCUAGUGCUAAGUUUGUCCAUCCAUCCAUUCGCCAACCAACCUCUCCUCCCAGUACCCUUCCCCAUCCUAUCCCCUCCCUACCCUCCUUAACCGAGGAACCACUCUUUUCAUCUACUAUACUUAGGGCCGAGCUACUCCGACUGAAACCUGCCAAAUCGCCUGGCCCAGAUAGAAUUCCGGCCCUAGCACUUCGUGAACUUGCUAAUGAACUGUGCAAACCCUUAUCCGCAAUAUUUCAAAAGUCAUUUGAAGACGGCGAGCUCCCGGAAGAAUGGAAGUACGCACUCAUUACUCCGAUCCAUAAAGGAGGCUCAAGACUUGACUGCGGAAAUUAUCGUCCUGUCAGUCUUACUUGCAUCGCGUGUAAAAUAAUGGAACGCAUUAUCAAAAGACACUUGAUGAAAUACCUGGAACAGAACAAAAUAUUGUGUGAUGACCAACACGGCUUUCGUCCACGGCGCUCCUGCCUAUGAGCGUUCUUUACUCGCACGAGAAAUGGACACGAGCUACCGAUAAGAGUUUUCCAGUAGAUGUCAUAUUUUUUGACUUCAAGAAGGCCUUUGACAGUGUCCCACACAGGCUUCUUCUACAAAAGAUCUGGGAUGUAGGGAUUCAAGGGAGAAUGUUUAAGUGGAUCAGGAGUUUUCUGUCCUCCAGACUACAAAGAGUCGUCGUUAGUAAUUCUACCUCAGAAUGGGUAAAGGUGGAAAGUGGUGUCCCACAGGGUUCUGUCUUAGACCCAGUACUCUUCCUGAUUUAUGUUAAUGACUGCAUCAGCGAAGUGAAUUGCGAGGCUCUCAUGUUCGCGGAUGACAUUAAAAUAUGGAGUGAAGUCAAAUGCGAUGAUGACGUAGAGAAGUUGCAGUCGAACAUCAACAAACUGUGUGCUUGGUCCAACAGAUGGCUUUUGAAGUUUAACGUGUCCAAAUGCGUGGUUUUGCACCUGAAUACCGGCCGCAAUGCCUCUCCCAAACACCAGUACUAUAUUGACGGGACGAGGUUAGAAACUGUUGAAAGACACAGAGAUCUGGGUAUAUGGACGACCACAAAUCUGUCGCCAUCAGAACACUGUAGAAAGAUGGUCCAGAAGUCAACUAGUACUCUACAUUGGAUCAGACGUGCAUUUAAAAUAUUUCCUCCCGAACUUUUCGAAAAACUCUUUGGUGUCUUUGUAAGACCUCAUCUAGAGUAAGGAAGGCCAGCAGCCUCACCAUGGAUGAGGAAGGAUAUCAACUUACUCGAACAGGUGCAACGCAGAGCGACAAAGAUGUUCGACGGUCUGAAACAUUUGUCUUAUCAGGAGAGGCUGAAUUUGCUUGGCCUAUUCCCUCUCUCUUAUAGACAAAUAAACUACAGUCUACUCUGGACCUUCCGGAUUGUUCGCGGCCAGGGGUGCUCAUUGAGAGCAGAGGACUUCUUUGAGUUCGCCCGUACAAACCAACUACGAGGCCAUGCACACAAAGUCGAGAAUGAGCGCACGCGUUUAGACCGACGAAAAUUUUCAUUCAGCCAGCGGGUUGUCAGACCGUGGAACUCGUUUCCAAGCGAGAUGGUGACGGCUGACACAGUUUGUGUGUUUAAAAGAAAACUUGCUCGUCUAGUUUUCGACAGAAAUCGGCUUGUACAGCACGACUAUGCACAGCCAGUUUUGUAAAAUCUGUCAUAUACAAUCUUCCGCACUAAUUUACAGAGACCCCAAGCACUACCUUAUGAUUAUGAUUGAACUGUGACACAAUCACAUUUUAAAUGCCUGCAAUUUAAUCUUAUUUUUGGGUAUGAAUCUGCGAAAGCACUGUACAUAAAUAGGGUCAUCAAGGGCUCUGCCUGUAACCCUUCAAUAUACAUAUACAUAUACAAAUAUCGCAAAUUUAAUCAGAGCACCUUUAUGUGGCAUCACCCGCCCUUGCGUUGACAUCCCUCUAUUUGUCUAGUUUGGCAAAAGCGGAAUUCGGUCCAGGCAAAAGGGCGAAAAUAUUGCCAAUUUGGAUAUUAAGGUACCAUACCUACGGUUCAUUUUUCCCUUGUAAAAUGCUUGAAUUAAAGAAAUAAACUGUCCGUCUCCUCUGUAUUUAUAUGUGCCGAAGAUUUAAGCUUGUUUUGAAUCAUCUUGGUGCACUUGACAAAUGUGUGUUUCCAUAACUAUCCCUUUGUUCGCUUUUAAAUCUGGCUCUGCGCAGCCUUUCCUUUUUUUGUUUGUCGUUUGCCUCCUUCAUUAGUUUCCCUUUUAUUUUACGAAGAUACAUUUGUCUUAAGUCCGCUGUCCACGACGAGACGAUCCUACCCCAUAUUCCCCUUCAUUUAUACGUCUUCACCUUUAGCCUUAAAAAUCCGUAUUGCAAUUGUUUGGCAAUUGUACAUUCCGUUGAAUGGUGAGUAGUUUCUUACCUUUAGGGUCUGUUGCUCUCGAUGUUUAUUCUGCCUUCUGAUUGAUGCGUGUCCCUCGUUGUUAUUAUUACUAUGCAAAUUAAUCCACUGUAGUUACCUAGUUUAACCACAUGAUUUUUCCCACCUUCCCAUUGUUUAUUUGCUUACGGGAUGAUUAAAACAAGAGAGGAUCGUCUUUUUGUUUAGAUUGAUCAGUAUUUACUUUCGAACCAUUUGCGCGGCAUUACGAUCUGACUCACCAAGGUCAGUGGGAUGAGGGUUGCGCAGCGCUCGGCCUCUCUGUUGGUCCGUGACUGUGUUCUCGUCAGAGCCGACAGAAAUUUAAAAAGGGAGCUGCAGGCGUGUGUAUUAGAAUAGUAGCCCAAAUUUUAUGGCAAAUGCACGUUCAUCCAGGUGUGGUUGUUCUUAGAUUGAUUAAUAUCUGCUCCUCGCGAUAUCCGCUGGAAUGCGAGCGGCUUAUGCUCUCUGGGUCGUUCCCCCAAACAUGAAUUCUGAUGAUAACGGACGAGAUUCGUUGACCGGUACAGUGUUCUUCCCAAAAGUCUCACGCCCACUCCGACAAGCAGCCUUUUAAUUUGCGUCUGGGCAGAUUUAUAUCAUAGAAAGGCCAUCAUUUUCGUUUCUGCAGGCGUUCUUUGAAAUGAGUGUCUUGCGCCGCAUCUCUACGCUGGUUUGUACGCUUCUUUUAGGUUAUGCUGGGCUUGAGACAGUAAGAUUUUCAAGGUCACUGGAGGGUUCGACUCGUUCUAGCCUCGUUCCCUGGUUUACACUGAUGCUCUUUUAGGUACGUAUUUGACCCACUUCCAAAAAGAUUGGGUUCAGGCAAUUUACUGGAGGAUUUAUUACGUUAUCUCUUAGACUCCGCCAGUUUUCUCGACGUAAGUCUGGACCAUCUUCGGAAUUAGAUAGACAGAAGGCAGCGAUACAGUCGGCGAACCACGUGUGUGAACUUUUGGCCAGUUUCCGUGCUGUUAGUAUGGUGAGUCAAUCAGCGUUCGUCUUUGUGUGGCUAUUACUGGAUUACGAGUUGAGCUGAUGUCGCGUGGGGCGUGUGAGGUGGAUGCUCCUAAAAACCGAACGUUUGAGCUUAGCGAAGUUCAGUCCUUUCAUCGAUCGUCUUAUGGAAUCAUCUUAUAUUAGCACUCUGGUCCCCAGUCAGUGAAAAUGCCAAGCCUUGGGACAGGUCUGACUACUGUUUUUACUCUUAAAAAUACUUGGCCGUUUCAUCUUUGGGACGACCCAGAUAAUUGGUGCUUGUUUCAGAGAGCCACGCGCUGUACAUGGCGCGAGGGCAGCAAUUUAUGAACUGAACCCGCCUAGGACCUCACGGAAACUUUAGCUUUGGGAGGCUAUCCGACUUUGUUUUUGGCUUUUCCAGUAAUCCUUCUGCUCCAACUGCCGAAGAUAACCACGGUGCACUUAUGUCAUCAAUGCCGGCCACGAGCUGCCGAGGAAGUGGUUAUUUGGCCUAUCCCCGAAAUUUGGCAUGUCAGACCCCCUCAGAUGCAGUCCUUUGAAUACAAUCAGCGACAUCUAUUUGUUCACGGAGGUCUUUAGUGCGAUGACAAAACUGAAUAAUCGAAAAUCGCCUGGUGACUGCUGUCUCCCAAUAGAAACUCAGUGAUUUUCGGUCGUCAAAGCUAACUGUUUACGUGGCCUCGCCCUUACUCAGAAACUGACACUUGCCAAAAUAAAGCUAAUCCACCUACACAAAGAUCCUCCCGAAAGGCAACAGAUCACUCUGGGAACUACGAUGACGUUGAUGCUAGUGUUCACAGUUGAUCUUCUCAAGAGGGUGUUGACGCAGUUUUCAUUUGCAGCCGGGGUGUGUUUGUCAGAACUUCCCGCUUCGCUGUGCUCUUGCAUACCGCACGUAGUCUUUAUCAUGUGUGCAGUCUUGGUAGGAGCUCAUUUCAUUAGUCUUAUGUCGCCAACCGCGCUGCAUGAAGUCAUGCUGUUUAAGAUACUGCCAUCUAGUCAAGCAUAAUAUCACAGAGCAUAGGUGAAAGUGCGAAUGACAGGCUAGGAGAGUGACCAUUUUAAUGCCACUUCCGAAGUCUGCCAGACCUGCGCCCUCUCUCAAAUUCUGUCCGAUUACGUAAUUGACUAGCCUCCUUAGUGCGCGUUGACAGACCAUCCCUGCGUCACGAGUAGGGACUACUGUAUACUCUUGAUACUUCUGAUGCCGUUGCACUGCUGAUACGAUGGGUGCAAAUGCAUCUUGGCUGGCUCCGAAAAGGAACUCCAAGUCGAAGAUUGCUCCAACUUUCGAUGUCGGAGUUAUCUGCUCAGUCCGGCAUGCAAUCCAGAUCUUGGUUACUGGACACCCGCCACCCUAGGUAGAAGUUUCUGUCAAACAGACAGGGUGAAGGUGAAAUCGACGAUAUAAUUGGCGGAGCAUGUGGUGCUCUUUAGUUUUGUGAAAAUCCGUGGGACCGAUGUGAAAUCGAUCUAAGACCAACUCAUCGGCGUAGAAGGCUUUCAUCAAAACAAUUCUUAUAUGUUGAAGUAGGCAGCACCCGUCUGCUUGGAGCUAUUUACUGCCUGAAAGUAUUCCACAGAUGGCUUUCAUCUCUCUCCCUCUGAGUUAGUCUCAGAUCACGUCUAAACAAGCGAUUGUACUCCUGCUCGUGAAAACAGACGGUCAACUCUGACCUCCUUCCUCGACUGAGGUGAAUUAGCCGUGUGCCACAAAAGCUGCAGACGCCGUCGGUAAUGUCACCUUGCCCGAACCCAGUCAUGGCUGGUCGAGGUAUUGAGAUAGGCAGCUGAAGACGUAGUUGACAUGUUAACUGGUGUGACUUGGCAUUCGGUCCUCCCGUCGAUCAAGUGCAACAGAACGCGAUCCCGCUGGAUGCCUUGAACAUAUUUUCUUAAGACGGCUGAACCGGUUCUGACAAAUGUUUCCACGAGUUCAAUUUCAACAAUAAAUAGACUCCACCAAUCGUUUACGUUUUGUUCCAGUCUAUCUUGGUCGGCGACCUUUCACUGCGUCAUUUGUGGAAGUAGUUCCAAUCGGCGAGGUUCCUCAUUCGAGAUGAUCCGUCAGCCGUAGCAUUGGUACCCUCCAGAAAUCACGUUUAUUAAAUGCCUAUGUCUUCUGCAAAUUAUCAGCUCUCGAGAGCCUUGUGGCAGAGCAUAGUGCUUGCAGGUUGUAUGUCACGUUUUUUGACAGCCACAAAAAAGUUAAAGUAAGAAAAACUGCUUAUCGCAUCAAAUCUCUCUACAUCUAGUAGUAUCGGAAUACUUUUGUUAUACAGGAGCUGAGCACUGUUUUUAUUUUGGUUGUAUUCAUUUUAAAUCAAGAUCUACAAGAAGAUAUGACUAUGGUUGAGGGCGGAUUACAGGAGGGGUUUCCGGAACAGGUUAAUAACACCGACGUGCUAGAAACCCGGGACGAAGAGGUUUUACACCACCGAGGUGCCCUCUUAGUCGUGGAUGCCGUUAACUGCAUUUAUGACAUAGAGUUAUAGAACUAGUGCGACAAUCCUCUUCUUUUCCAUGGUCAGCGCGGACCGCGCAGUUUUUGUUCUUCGCGUCGACCUCAACGGCCUCCCAGAGUGCACUUGUACCGACCGCGCCAAACACUGCAUUGAAACCAAGGAAGCACAAGGUCAUCUUCUGUUAAAACGUCUAUAUUUUGCGAUUCGUGGCAGGGUAACAUAGGAUUUACGCGGCCUCUGUUAUGAUGACAAUUGCACAGGUUUCCCCUGUCUUGACAGGCUCUGCGAGGUGGUAUUGAUCAGGCUGAAGCCCGCCCAGUUACCGCAUUCCGAUUUAUUUUCAUUCGAGAACGGAAUCGCAACAACAUUGCCUUUUUCCUAUGCAACUGUCUCGGCGCGCCUCAGACGCCAAGACCACUAGAGUUUUGUAGAGUUCAGCUGGUAGUUAAUUCCUCCCUUGGCAUGAGUUGCCCCUCGAAUUUCGGAACGCAUGCAGUGAGGCAUUGCAGAAGCAGUAGCACCAGUGGCAAUCCUACCUAGCGUGCAUAAUCUCCGGAGUGCGAAUUUUGGGGAAAGAGUCUGAAAAAAGACAAGGAACUAGUUUGUUUCGAUCAGGCGCCCAAACAGAAAACCUGGAGAGCGUUUGUGUACACUAAAAACGUGUCUGAACUCGUGUAAAGACACCUAAGGAGACAUCAAAUACAAGUGGCGCACAAACCGACGACCACAUUACGCAACCAGCUCGUACACCCUAAGGAUAGGCAGCUACUUCCAGCCAACAGGUCGCAGGAUCGAGCCCCAGGUGUUCCACACUUCGGGAUUGGGAACAGCCGGCUGGCGACAGCUAAUAAGCCAUUCUGGUCUUUCCUUUCUUUGUUAGUAAUUCUAUUCUGCUUUCAUCAUGCGCCGCUGUGUGGCUGCUAGUGGGGCUCGAGAGAGAGAGCCCUAAGGCACAACGGAACGAGUGAGUUGCGUAAAAACGCUCGGUGAGCGCCCGUCUACCAUUACAUAUUAUUCUCUCUUGCGCGUUUUCUGUACAAUCCCAAAGUUUUCCUAUGCUUCCUUAUCAUCCGCCGUUGUUUCCCUCUCAGGUACUUUCAGGGCAAUACUCUUAUCCUUCGAGGAAUGUCCUCAGAAUGGAACCAACAGAACUUCACUUCCUCGAUUGUAGUAGGAGUAAGCUUUACGAAACAUGGACUUCAAAAGUUUGUUCCUUUUGUCCGCUUAAUUCUGUAGACUAAUACCUGGCUCUCAGAGAAUGGCGCCUUCCUUGCAGCCCUCAGACAGUACCUUUCACCAGGUAAAGUUUCGUUCUUUGCACUAUCCCACAUCCAUCAGCCAUUUUUCUGCGACACAUGCACGUCGUGACACUUGUAUCAGAAUCCUGUGCAUCACUGGGGCCGGACACCUCUCCAACAGACGUGAUAAAUCUCGUUGACACUUGCCUGCAGGUGGUUUGUAAUUUAUUUCUUCUAAAAUCCCUGCAGAAGACUGAUCAGCGGCUGGAGUUAAGCCUUGCCUUCGUAUUUGUAUUGGAUGAGUGGCAGUCGCAACCGUCGAUAGGAGAACUUACUAAAUUUGCCCUGCAAAUGCUGACUCAGAGACUUUCAGUAGGUGCUGUAGCCUUGUUUCCUAUGCAUACAUAACCCCGUAGGUGGGUGCGUUUUUCCACAAGGUCGUUGCUCUUCACGCACCCACCCUCCUUCAAGUGGACUUCGGAGUCCACGCUGAAAGUGAGUUUGACCGAUUAGGACGAUUGGUAACUCCAUCUUGUCGGUAGAUGCGUGCAGGCCUAGUCAAAUCGAUUCUAUGACGAGCUUGCUCCGGGCAGCCCUGCAAGCCUACCGAGGCUGUACUGGAUCUGCUUCUGUUGCUGCUGCCCGCAUGCUUCUAGGGGAAUUGAAUCGAAUGGCCUACUGGUUGUCCGUUCAAAGCGUAAUUACGCCUCUGAAUCCCUCUGCCUUUGAGUCGUUCAAUUAUGCCUUCUGCUUUCUUCUCAUUACUAUCUCCGGAUCUACACGGUCGGCGAGUGUUGCAUCCGAAUUCAUGGUAAUCUCUGCCCAUCUCUGCUAUUUGUGUCAAUGUGUAUCUUUGGUGUUCUUUGGAUCCUUGUGAUGUCCGUUUGCUUUCCUCCUUCUGGGGUUACUUUGCUUGAGUGCGUCUUAUAAUCCUUCAUUUCCACUAGCAAUUUUUAUCGUUAACUUCACCAGGAAGACUCCAAACUAAACAAGUAUUUCGAAUCGAUGCUCGCUAAUCCUUUUUGACGUUCACAUAAGUGGUACUGUCACGUCUUUUUAGGCACGCGUAGUCACUUGCUUCUAAUUAGCUUGGAUUCUGACUGCGUAGUUUUAUCGAAUUUCUGUGGCCUCAAGCAUAUACAUAGCAGGUAGGCUAUUACCUCUGUGGUAGAUGGGCGCUCACCGAUCGUUCUUACAGAACUCACUUGUUCCGUUGUGCCUUACGGGCUCUCUCGAGCCCAACCGGGUAUUCCUUACUUCGGGGUUGGAUAUGACUGGCUGACGACGACUAAUACGCCAAAAUGGCCAUUCCAGUGUCCCUUGUCUUUGUCAGUCAUAACAUUCUGCCUAUUACCGCCGUAGACUUUCUUAGUUGAGUGCGUUGUCGUUUGGAAGGUUGCCAACUGACGAUGCACCUAAGACCUCACAGUCAACCCAGUGUGUCUAUGUGGAGUGGUCGACUUAAAGACAUUUAGUGAGACUCAAUAGCUCCUUCUUACUAUGAACUUUAUGACACUCAAGCAUGUGAGAUCUGAGGCGUCUGUCCUCUUUGUGUGAAAACCUAGCAUGUUGUGCGGAACCCAGGUCGCGUGUGGUACGCGCAGAUGUGCUGUCUGGCUCGGCCAGCCACUCGCACCAGACCGACUCGGACAGCGAACUGGUGUCUGGGAGAGGAAAGAGAGAGUGAGGUCUACUCUGAGGACUCCGUCCCCUAGGCACCCAACGCACAUCCCUCACUAAAAACUAUCUGACGCGUCCAUAAGCCAUCAGGGUGCACUAGAAGGCUACCCACUGGCGCGAUAACUCGUUUCUCCUCGUUUCUCCCCGAGAUGUUCAUUCUUAAGAUGGCUUUUAUACCACUUCCACUUCCUUGAGGUCCGGGCAGCCCCUUUCUUUUUUCCGCAAAAACCUGGUCCACCAUGUACGGACAAGACGUGUGUGCCACGCGUGGACGGGCUCUUUGGCUUUGUCAUUCACUGCGCUCCACUCCUCCUCUGAUCUUCCUGACUUUAUUUUGACACCGGGCCCAGGAUGGUUGGGGAGGAGAGAGUGUGGUAGACUGUGCACAAGUCUACUACCAAUAUAAAAUAAUUCAUACGCGGGUCUCCGUCCUUGUAUCCGCGCGAGUUUGACCGUCGAUUUUGACGACGUCCACCGUGUGCUCCACAGCAGGGUGAGAACAGGAACGGUGACUUGUGCAGAAAUUGAGUUUAUAGUGAUAGUGGACUUGCACAGCAUCUUCCGCACUCUCUCCUCCCCCAUCUGGGCCCGGUGUUAAGACAAUGUCGAGAAGACCGGAGACGGGGGGAGGGCGCAGGUGGAUGGCACGGUCGAGCCCGCACCUUGGCGUUCCACUCCACACCCCCUGGUCCACAUAACAGAUAACCAGGUUUUUGAUUCACAACAACAAUGGGGAGUAGCAGAGUCCCAGUGUGUGCGACGUACGCCGGCAACCGGGUCCGCCACCGCACCCCGAAAUGUUGGCGUUUGUCAUGGUGCGCAACUCCAAGAACGCCUGCCAGAGUCCAAUAUGACCCCCGUGUUGGUCCAGCGCAUCUACCACGUGUUCCGUCCUGGAGGCACCCUUGCAUCCACUGUACCGUGACGCUCACGGUGGACAUAGUCGAUCGCCACGAUCGAACUGUCAGACUUUCUUAGCCAAAACCCAUUGCUGUGAGAAAUAAAGCAGACUGGAAUGGUCAUUCGAACUUAUUUUCCACCCUCAGUCAGCCAUCACCAAGUUGAUCGAGUAUCAGUUGGGACAGGACAACCGGUUCAGGUAAACAAUUUCUUUCUUUAACAGGUCGUCCCAGCCUUAGUAACAAAAGAUCCAACGGAAGUGUUCAGAUCCGACUUCUUUUGUAGACGGCAGUUAUUAAGGCUGAGCCUGACAUUCGAGUUCUUUCUAUGUCGAUUUGGUGUGAGACGCGCCACAUUUGUCAGUCAAUGCGUCUUAUUACUUGAAACAAUUUCCACAUUUUCUUGUAAUUAUCAGGUACGCCCUCUGUUCUUGAUGCUAAGAAAAGCCGUUGCCCAGUGCGCCAGCCAAUCCGUCCCCACGUUGACCUCGUAUUUGAGUGGCUUGACCAAUUGCCGGAGAUUCUGCAAGAAUAUGGCACACAACCUCCACGUUUUUGAUCUCGUAAAUCCAUGUUUAUUACUCUUCGAUCGAAUCUUCCUGCUCAGCGUUUACCAGCAAUCGGACUCUGAGCAGAGACGGACGGAACUCUGGGACUGCGUCAGCAAUGUGAGUGUAUCUCCCAACGUACUUUUACCUUUUUAGUAGCCAUUAUUUUGCGUUAUUUUAUUUACAUCCGGUCACGUACUCAAUUACCUGCAGAUAGUAAUUUAGCCGACUGAUUUGCCCCAACACCAUCACGGAAUUGUUUCAAAUCUGUUCAGCUCUUUCUUGUGCUCUCCCUGGAAGGGGACAGGUUUUUCUACUGUCCAAGUCAUGCAGGAGGUACGCUUGACCACGGCACACCAGGUACUAUCCAAAGCCUAUACACCUGUUUCACCGAUUUCCUUCUGCUACAUACCGCAUAUGUGAUGGGUUUGAUUCUUCCGUGGAUCCCUCAGCGUUCUCAAAAUGUCUUCCGACACCAGUUUAUUAUCAAGUGGUUGUUAACAUUGAAUAAUACUGCCAACGAAGGCAAGCAGCGCUGAAGUGGCUGUUUCUGGUUUGAGUAAGGAAAAAGAAGACUGGUUGGGCAUCGGAACCAUUUGUUGACUUUUCUGGGUUUGAGCUCUUGAAAGGAUCCAUCAUCAGAGAUGACAGGAACAGCAGAACAUGCAACAGAUGUAACCAGUCAGCAAUUAGUGCGGCGUGUCUGGAGAUGGCUGCACAGAGUUCUGUAUACCGACACCCGCCUCAAUACAUCGACUGACUAAGUUCUCGCCGUACUUCAGCCUAACGAAAUUGGACGAACUUUGAGUAGUCCUCGGAACAAGGCAAAUCAGUUUUGUUUCGGACUUCAACAUAGACACUUAAGUCAUGUAAAAGUUCUCAUUCAUAGAUUUUACAAAUCCGCCCACGUAGCGUCGCUUUUCCAGUACUUUACCAUUAAGCUCCUACGGUAAUAUAAGAUGUAACAGGGCAGGAAUAGGUGGGCGAGAAAAACCAGUCCUAACGAAUAAACUCUGUUCACCCUCAAUAGCUCCUUCUUUACACUGGUUGAUCUUUGAGUUUUAUAUCUUCCGCUUCGAGUACUAGCUGAUGGAUUUCAACUCAAAUGUUCAUAUCAACUUUCGGGCCGAGCCUUAGAAGUUUUGUUCCGAGGGGGUUUACUUUAAGUUCGCGCGUUAGUUUCCGAAGAAAUAAGAAGGGACGGCAUUUAAACCAGAGUCUGUAUACCAGAGGGCACAUGGGGAACUGCGAUCAUGCCUGAUCUAGCUGGCCUCGAUGAUGUCACGUAUUGUAUCUUUCCACGCGUGAAGAUUUGCGGCAGCGGAUCCGGACAGCUCGACCCAGUCUCUUCCUCAGCGACGGUGACCGAAUACUGGUGUCUAAGAACCACUGCCAUGUCUUGACGAACCGUAUCUAGUCAGGUCUUGAGUUGAUCUCCUCUUCAACGUCUCCAGGUGGUCAACGGUUCCGGAUCGAGGGUAGUAUGACUGGGCUCGUUAAGCAAACGACAGAGAGCGCACCCAAACCACCUCAGUGGUCUUUCUACGAUGGUCCGAGAUAUCCUCCUGAUAUUUUUGCGACGAGUGCUGACUGUCCCACUUGAGACAAUGUUAGUGUACUUCACUCGAAGGAUGAUCCUCAGGCAGCGAUUGAGGUGGUCAUAUAUCUCCAGUCUUCGCUUAUCUUCCACGCGCAAAGCCCAACAUUCACAACCGUAGAAGAGGACUGGCCGGAUGGAUGCACGAUACACGCGGAUCUUCGUGGCGGCAGAGAUGUCGUGUCUGAUCCAUAAGAACUGUCGAAGGACUGAGAAAACUUUGCGAGUAGUAUGGAUUCGGGAGACGAUUGUCCGCCUAUUGGACAACAGCCUCACCCAAAGGUAUCUGAAAUUGUGUACUUCUUCGACUUAACAGGCAGUAAUCCCGAGUGAUGCCUUCUUCUGGUCGGGGAUGCAGCUCGAAAACAAUUUGGUCUUCCCAGCUUCUCUGGAUAAAACGACCGAAGUAACGACUUUAUUCGACAGUUCGACCGUCGUUUCGGACGAUUUCCACUGUGUGCUCCACAGCAAGGUGAGAGCAGGACGGUGAUUUACGACUUCAUUCUCCAGUGGCACCACAGACUAGAUGGCCAAAGCUCGAGGCUAGCAAGCUCAGAAUCCGGCUUGGUUGGGCCUCGUUCUAGAGUCACGCACAGACUUGAAUCGUCUGAGAAGGACUACAGCGAAGACCUUUGCAGCAACUUGGAUGGGGCUUAUGCCGUGGUAGUUCUCGCACUUUGUCUUGCCUCCCUUCCUGAAGACCAGCACAGGAAUGCCCAAACCCCAGUCAGUAGGAGCUACUUCGUCUCCCCACGCUUGCCCAACCACCUCAUGAAGCCAGGGCGCCAGUGUCUACACACGGUUUGUAGAUUUCUGCUGUAAUGCCAUCCCUUCUAGACGCCUUGUAGUUUUGCAGCCUCUCUAUUGCGUCGGCAACUUCUCCCUCAGAAGAGGAUCGCACGACACUGCACAGGCCAGAGAGGGAUAAAACUUCACUGCAGAGAGCAUGAAUGUAAUGGGUAGCUAAUCGAAGUUGAGAAGUUGUUCGAAGUGCUCAUGCCGACGGUUGACGUUGGUCAAGUUGCCAGUGAUAAAGCCGUCAUUCACAUCGUAAACAGAGUCAUUAAGUGCCAAAGGCCUACCAUUAACUUUGCGGACAGUUUUAUAGAGUUUUCGAAUAUCAUCAAAGUUUGACGCCUGCUCCACGGUGGUCGUUGUUUCAACCCAACAUUUCUGCCACUCACCCCUAGCCGACUUUGUUGUCAUUUUCCGGAGUUUUCAAACCUCUCACAGCUGCGCCAUGCAGCGACGCUGGAUCGGCGAAACGCACGUGUCUGGGUUCUUAGCUAGUACCUGUACCGUCAGUCUGGCAAAUCAUUCAGUGUUUGUAUUUUGUUAUAGAUUGUAAGUUGUCGAAAGUUAUGUCCUCAUUUUUAGCCCACUACUGCGCCCUCUCCCCCCCCCCCCUUUUUCUGCCGUUAUAAUUUUAUGAUUCGUUCAAGUUUAACCAUGUUUUUAAAGCCUUCCAUCUCGUCGUUGGCAGCCUCCAUUUCCUCUGUAUCACUCUGUUCUAUCGAGUAUGCCAUUUUUAUUACUUGGCUGCGACCCUUAACAACUGGCUGCUCAGAAACAGAGAAGAAUGACAAAUUCUUCAAGUGCCCUGAAGUAGGUAAGUGUCCCUGUCAGGAAGCCCUGCUAAGUUAUUUGGAUUCUGCGACGCGUGGUAUUAGUACUUUUUUUGACAUUAGACCCUCACCUGUUAUCUCUGAGUGAACUUACUGCCCGAUUUGUUUUGCAACAUGUUUGCCGUAGUCAUCGCCGUGGCAACGUUCUACGGUGUUUCCAAACAGAACUAAGGCCUUUGGGGGUUUGUCUUCGCAGGUAGAAACCCCUGCGAAAUUUUUAACUUCAUAGACUUGGCUAGCCAAAUCAACGGACCCCCGCUAAACCGAUCUAAUUGCACUGAGCCAUAUUGAACGCCCGUACCAUCUUCACUAGCUUUAAAAUCGAUCGAUCGACUCCAUCGUAAGUUAAGUAUAUCCACGAGGACACGUUUGGUCAUUUAUUGACUUCGAGUGGACCUACUUUUGUGCAAAAUUACAGUCCCAACUCGUCUCAAUAUGCUGUUGAUGAGAACUGAGAUUUAUUGUUGCUUUAUCCCAUUGCAGGCCGUCAUACAACUAAGUCCAAAUUAGGGAAAACUUUGUAGUUUUGGAUUUCCGGGAAUGGUCUAUUGAAAAAAAGCCUAGAGAUGCUGGCCGCGGGAAGCAUCUUAUGCUGGGAGAGCUUUUGAGAUCGUAAGCGGUGUGGCAUCGACGAGCCGGUGCACUGCCAUCCCGAAAAAUCGAUCCAUGCAGGUUCGACAGUAGUGGGGGAAGAUGUAGUCGCAGUACCUCGUUCACGCAAAACACUGGCGUUCUCAUUAGGGAAAAUCGGACUACUCUUUCCCGAAAUCCAAAUGAAGCCACCGCCACCUCGAAUAGUUAUGAUGCCCCCCUUCCGUCGCACAAGCGUUCGCCAUUUAACCUUGAAUCGUCCGCCAAAUUCUCUGUCGAAACCCUGACUCAUCGGCCCAAAUUACUUUGCUCCAUCGAGAACGCCACAUAGACUCGCGCAUAACCCAAUUCAGACGGAUGCGUUUGUCGUUUCAAUCAUAUCACGGUAUUUUAGGCAGUGUCCCUGUCUUUAGAUCGUAUUUGUUUAAACCCCUUCUCGAUAGUCCUGGUCUAAAACCAACACAGUGUAAGUCAGGCGUGUAGGCGGGUACGUCCACCUGAGCUGGAGUCAAUUGUUUAAUGCAGACGGUGUCGUUGCCUGGCUCCAGUCACGAAGAGUGAACUUUGAAGUUGACAGUCAAACUAUGGCAUAAUUAGCGUUAACAAUAGAAUCUAGGGGUUUGCGCAGCUGAAUCGUAUUCUUAGGUCUGAAAGCGCGACGGUAGAUUGCGUGUUGUGGUUGUCGGCCAACGAAAAUCUCAAAAAUGAUCUCCCUGGACCUUUGAAUAGAGCGCCAGGUAACAAUGAAGUGACUUGUCUAUUCUUGCUAACUACUGACGCAUAGCCUUGAAUCCUCCUGGGACACUAUUUAAACAUUUGAAACAGGAGCCGAUCACACCCUCAUCCUAAUCGAUCUUCUGAUCCUAGCUCUUCAGAAAGGGCCUGAGAUCGAUUGCGUUGCAGCUUCACGACUAGAAAGAAUCGUCGCCUGGUAUUCUUCAGGAUCCGUUUUUAUGGGCAAGGCUUGAAGUAUUUUUGGUUAGUCCUACGCAAUUUUUACACAGAUAAGCCAGCAGUUCACAGAAGUUUCCGUGAAGUGUUUUUUUUUCUCAUAUGCCAUCCAGAAAGGCUCGUGAACUGGUUUUUUGGCCGAAGCGUAUGCACCUUCAGCGGUCCUAUUCGGCCUACCUGUAGCUUCGAGCGCAGACAGAAGUAGUCUGAGGCCAAGAAAAGACUUAAGCAUUACCCGACUUCUUUAUUUGUCACCCACCAACCCCGCCGCAGAUGAUGUUCGUUUAAUCUUUUGUGUUACGUUGUAUUGCCUCUUCAAAGGUUACGAUUACGAUUCUGUGUCCGCUGAUGAUUUACGUUCAUGAAUAUACCGAUUUUUUUCCUUUUAAUCCUUCCAGCCUUCCAUUUCGGCCUCCGUCGAGCGUUGGUCAAGAUUCUGGCUAGUCGCUGACAAGAACGGGAACCCUUACGUCGAUUAG